AAGUACUGAGGUGCUCGAUUUACUUGUUAGUGUGAAAAUUGCGAAUGUUAACUUGCAGAGCACCAGUAAAUUAUGACUGACAUUGUUGCUGUGUGGCAGAUUCCAGCCAGUGAUGGGGUGCACAGUGUUGAGUUUGAGCAUGGAACAACGACCGGGAAGCGUGUUAUUCGGGUCGAUGGACAGGAAAUAUUCAGGGCAGAGUGGAUGUUCAAGCUUGUUGGAAAAGAACAUUUCACUGUCGGGAAGGCUAAAUGUUGUAUCUCCAUUGAUGCUGUCAGUGGAUUUGCCUACGAAUAUGACCUGGAGGUGAAUGGGAAAAGUUUGCAGAAGUUCCGGGAAAACCAGAGCAAAAUUAUGAAAUCAUGGACUCACAACUUGAAUGGAACAGAUAUUCGAAUUGUGUUGGAAAAAGAUACACUAGAUGUGUGGGUGAAUGGAGACCGAGUUGAAACAGCUGGUGCCUUUGUUGACGAUGGUACAGAAACACAUUUCCAAGUGUACUCACAUGAUGCCUACAUCAAGGCUACCAGCAGUGGGAAGCGCAAAGUCGGGAUUGUCCACAAACUGUACAUUGAAGAUAUGGAAAUUCCCGAAGCCACGGAAUGAAAGCUUUGUUUCCGAUUAUUUUUUGACAAUUGACACACUGCAGGGAUUUUUCUUACAGCUCGGAAGAAAAGAAUAGCACGUGACAUUUAAAUAACGUGGUUUGGUUGGUUGGUUAUCCUGCCAAGUAAUUUUACAUUCCUGGGCCUUGUUCCAUGAAGCGAUCUUAGUGCUACGAUCACCUUAAGUACAUACGGUGAUCUUAGGACUAAGAUUGCUUCGUGGAACAGGGCCGUGAUUAUCUCAUCUGUUUAACAUUUCCUAAAGAUGUUGAUAACUACCAUGAUAACAUUUUGAAAAAUAAAGGGCCGAAUUUAGAAAACCUG